GCGGCGGCGGAGCAGCAGCGCAGCCCCCGCAUCACAUUGAAGCCCCUCACGAGAAGCGCCCGGGAUGGACACGGACGGAACCACGGACGGAACCACGGACGGAACCACGGACGGCUGGGCCGGCAUCGAGCAGCGCCUGGAGAAGAUUCGGGAGAGCCUCCGCAGCCGCUCGGGCCCGCCCUCCCGCCGCGUCCAGCUGUGCGACCGCGCCCUGCGCUCCUGCGUGGAGCAGCUGGCCCAGCCCGGCGGGCUGCUAGCCCACGGCGCCCAGCUGCUCGCCCUGGCCCAGGAGGCCGCCCAGACCUACCUGCAGCUGGUCCCCUCGCCCCCUGAGCUGUACCUGGAGAAAAUCCUGUUCCACGUGCUGCGCAACGCCGCGGGCUGGGCGGGGCCGCACACCUGGGGAGCGGCCGAGCUGCUGCGGGCGCGGCUGCGGCGUGGCCACCAGAGCGGCGAGUGGGCUACCAUCGCCCGCAGCGGCUUCAGCGUGCUCUGGAGGGCUGCAGCCUCCCUGGCUGGCCCUGAGAGGCCCAGGGAGGAGGGCAGGGCGGUGCUGACCGCCCGGCUGCGCGCCCUGCGCUUCCUGCUGCUGCUGGAACCUCGGGACGGCGAAUGCCGCGAGUCCUUCCAGCCUCCCUUCUUCACCUCGCACACCGCCCACAACGCUGCGGCUGCUGCUGCCCUCUAUGAAUCCCAGAGAGCUCCCUGCCCGCUCUUCCUGGCCAGGCAGCUGGGGGAGCUGCUGCUGGACACGCUGAGGGAUGAAACUCCUCAUCCUCGUCCCCACCAGAGCUGCCUGUGCCACCUGGAGCUCACGCUGGAGCGCUGCCGCCACCUCUGCAAAGCCCGGCGCCACCGCGAGGCUCUGGAGGCCCUGCAGGAUUCCAGAGGGUUUAUUUCAGGAGCUGGGGAUUCCCUGGGAGCCCCUCUGGAGCUGCUGGAGGCCGGUGUCCAGCUGAGCCGGGCGCUGGCCAAAGGCGUGGCCGGAGUGCAGGCGGUGGGGCCGGCGCUGCGCCGGGCAGGAGCGGCGCUGGGGGCGGAAUGUUCCGGAAAGGUUCUGCGGGUGCUGCUGGAGUGUUCCCAGUUCGUGCUGGCCCAGCUCGGGGAGGUGCUCAGGAGGAGCAGGGAGCUGCCCCUCGGCCUCCAGGAGCUGCCUGGGGUCUGCGGCUUCUGCCAGGGCCACGGGCGGGCGCUGCGGCGGCUGCUGGCCCAGGUCCCUUCUGACUGUAUCAGGGAGCAGGUGAUGGUGAAGCAGCUGCUGUUCCACGGCCUCCAGCUCUUCUUCAACGCCAUCCACGAGAUAUUCCAACGUUCUCAGCCCUCGGAGUGGCCGGAGCUGGGACAGGUGACCACGAGCUGUGUCCAGAGCAUCACCUGGAUGCUGGAGGGGCUGGAGGGGCUGCCCGAGGCCGAGAGGGGCAAAUUCCUCGAUGUCACCGCUGCGGCCGCCUCCCGCCUGGCGCAGGCCCUGCAGAGCCGGACGCUGCCGGACGCGGCCGGAGCCGUGUGUGAGCCCCUGUGCCGGGCAGUGCUGGAUGGACACGGCUACGGCUGGGCUGGAGUGACCGCAGACAGGCUGCACAGGUGUUUCAGGCUGCAGGUGGAGAGCUGGCGCAGCCGGGGCCAGCACCAGAGAGCCAUGGAUGCCGUGGGGCAGUGGCUGCUGGCCCUGGGGCCACUCUGCUGGGGACACCAGCCAUCCCAGUUACCAGGGCCCCAUUCCCAGUCCAUCCUGGGCCAACCCAGCUCCCUGGUGGCCGAGCCCGUGGCGCUCUGGGCCAGGAUCAAGAUGGAGGCAGCCAAACAGGGAGAGGAGGAGCUGCGGCUGCGGACCCUGUGGGACGCCCUGCAGUCCCAGUGCCGCUCCCAGUGCCAGUCCCUGCCUGGGGACGCCGUGGUGUCCCUGCUGCUGGCAGAGCUGCAGGCCUACAAAUCCCUGCGGGGCCCCACGGCCUCGGAGCGCUACAACGUGCUGUGUGACCUGCUGGCCCUGGGGGGCCCUGGGGGAGGGCGCAGCCUGGCCAGGGCGGUGGCGCUGCUGGAGCUGGCACAGCUGCUCUGCAGCCACAGCUUUGCUCCCCACACCGACUGCUCUGCCCUGGAUGCCAUCCAGGAGUCCCUGAGGCUGCUGGAGUCUCUGGCCCAGAAUUCCCAGUUCUGGAAUUCCCAGAUCCGGGCUCAGCUGCUGGACGAGCGUGCCCAGGCUCUGCUCUGGCUGCACAUCUGCACCCUCGAGGUUCUCAUGGAAAAGAGCGUGGCUCGGGAGCGGCGGGGGCGGCUGCAGGGCCGGGGGCUGGAGCCCCCUGAGCCCCCCGAGCCCCCCGAGGUCGAGGGGGAGCAGCCACAGCCCUGGGAUGGGAUCAGCUGCAGCCUCAGCUCUGAGCGUGCUCUCUCCAAACCCCUGGAUGAGGCAUUUUCCCUGUGGAAGCAGCUGCUGGAAAAUCCUGGAAUUGCUGAGGUGCGCAGCCCCGAGCAGACCCUGAGCUCCCUGCAGCUCCUGGGCUCCCUCUACCGCCUCCAGGACAAGCCCAUCCAGGCCCUGCAGACUCUCCUGCUGCUCCGGGCCCUGUGCCAGCAGCUCCGGGAUCCUCUGGGAACAGCGAACGCCCUGAGCCAGCUCUGCCGGCUGCUGCUGCAGCUGGGCUGUCCCUCCCAGGCCCAGCUGUUCCUGGAGGAGCUGGAGCAGUGCCUGGAGCGGGAGCAGGGCUGUGGCUCUGAGGAUUCCCGGCUGCUGCUGCGCCACCGGCGGCUGCUGCUGCGCGCCGAGCUCUGCUGCCUGCACGUGGAUCAGGGCGUGGCCCUGCUGCUGCAGGCCCUGGGCGACCCCCGAGCCCAGAGGGCCACCAGGAGCUGGUACCUGGCACAGGCCCAGGGGCUGCAGUUGGUGGCCACGUUCCUGGAGCUGCCCCCAGCCCAGCUGCAGGAGCCACUGCGGGAGCUGAUCCAGCGGCACGGCUGGAGCAGCCCCCAGGUGGCCCUGCUGGAGGCUCAGAAGCUGCUGCGCAGUGUCCUCGUGUCCCUCAUGGGCAGCGACGUGCUGGGAGCCACACGGAGCCCGCGGGGCGAGGAGCCCGGGGCUGACAGCGGGCUGGCACUGGUGCACAAGUGGCAGGUGCUGGGGGACGCCCUGAGCUGCUGCCGGCACCUGGUGACGCUGCUGGGGCACUGCGAGGUGCUGUGCAGGGCCAGGGCCUUCUGCAGCGAGGGGCUGACCCUGGCCGGACACCUGCAGGCUGCCCGCUGGUGCUCGUGGUUCCUGGUGCUGCAGUCCCAGCUGGAGCUGCAGCAGGGGGAGCUGGAGCUGAGCCAGUCCCACCUCCAGCACGCCCAGUUCCUGCUCCAGCCACAGACUGACCCCAAGCCCCUCUGGGCCCCCGCCCCCCGAGCGCGGAUCCAGCUGCAGAAGGGUCUCCCGGCCCGGAGGAUCCCCCCGGAGGCCGCCCCCGCUGCCGGGGAGCAGCAGGACGGGGCGUUCCUGCGGGGUCCCGCCCUGCCCGCCCUGGCUCCCCCCGCGCUCCCGGAGCCGCCCGACGCUCUCACGGCCUCCCCCGAGCUCAAACCCGCCCGCAGGAAGAGCCUGGAGCUGCUGAGCCACGGCCCGGGGUGUCGCUGUCCCUUCUGUCGCGACCCCGCGCUGCUGGCGCUGGCGCUGCGCUGGCUGCUGGCCCAGGCGCGGGGCUGGCUCGCCGCGGGGGAGGUGGCCCCGGGGCUGGCGCUGCUGCGGGCGGUGCUGGCCCGAGCCCGGCGGACCAGCAGGGACAGGGGCAGAAAUCUGCAGGAUCAUUCUGGGAAUGGGGACAUUCCUGGGAAUGGGGACACCAGCAGGGACAGAAAUCUGCAGGGUGAUUCUGGGAAUGGGGACAUUCCUGGGAAUGGGGACACCAGCAGGGACAGAAAUCUGCAGGGUGAUUCUGGGAAUGGGGACAUUCCUGGGAAUGGGGACCCCUCUAGGACCAGGGACAGGGAUAGAAAUCUGCAGGACAAUUCUGGGAAUGGGGACACCUCUAGGACCAGGGACACAAUCAGGGACAGGGACAUCCUUGGGGACAAGAAUCUGCAGGACAAUUCUGGAAUUGGGGACAUCAUCAUGGACAGGAAUCUGCAGAACUCCUCUGGAAAUGGGGACAUUGUUGGGAAUGGGGACACCAGCAGGGACCCCUCUAGGACCAGGGACACCCUUGGGGACCUUCCUGAGGCCAGGAAAAUUCCAGAUCCCUCUGGGAAUGGGGACACUCCUGGGGACAGGGACCCGUCCCCCCCCGGCCCCCUGGCCGAGCUGGUGGCCGCUGGCUACUCCACACUGGCCCUGCAGAGCCUGCCCAGUCCCUCCCAGUGCCAUCCCAGUUGGGACGAGGAGCUGGAGCGGGGGCUGGCCCUGCUGGGCUCCCACAGCCCCCCCGUGGCCGGCCUGGGGGUGGCCAUGGCCACUCUGCUGCUGGCCAAGGCUCUGGCCACCCUCAGCCGCGUGGCCACCGCCCUGGGCCGCUCCAUGGACGAUGUCCUGGCCCAGGCCUGGACCCCCCGUCCCCCCCCCACCCCAAAACCCCCAAAAACCCCCAAACCACCCCCCAAAACCGUCCCCCAAAAAGCCCCCAAAGCCAAAGCAGCCAAGACCCCAAAAGUGAAGCCCCCCAAAUUUGGGGACGUUUUCGCCCUGGGGGACUCAGACCUCGAUGUGCCCCCCAUUGUCCUGCGGCCUGGGGGGCCCUGUACCCCCCACCCCAAAUUGGGGGCAGCCCCAAAAACGCUGCUGGGGGGGCCCAGGACCCCCUUCACCAUCUUCAGCGAGGAGCCCUCCCCCCCCGGGGGCGGCAGGGCCCCCAAAAUCCCAGCGAGGGUCAAGUCCCGCAUCAGGGUGACUUUCAGUGACAGUGACUCAGAGGAGCCCCAAAUCCCCCUGGAUCCCCCCAAAACCACCCAGAAAAUUUCCAGUGCCAGGAGGGUUCAGCCCCAAAAAUCCCCCGGGAAUUCUCCGGGAAUUGGGGCUCGGCCCCGGCGGGGGCGGCCCCGGAAGGAGCCAGGGAGCCCCAAAAAGAGGGAAAAGAGGGAAAAAACAGGGAGCAAGCAGGAGGAAAAUCUGGGAAAGAAGGAAAAUGGCAUCUCACAAACAGCUCUGGAAAAGAGGGAGAAAAGGAGAAACCCCAAAGUGGAAAAAAUGGGAAAUCCCGAAAUGGAAAAUGUGGGAAAUCCUAAAAUGGAAAACUCCAAAAUGGAAAAUCUGGAAAAUCCCAAAAUGGAAAGUGUGGGAAAAAGGAAAAACCACAAAAUGGAAAAUCUGGAAAAAAGGGAAAAUCUCAAAAUGGAAGAAAUGGGAAACCCCAAAAUGGAAAAUUUGGAAAAAAUGGGAAAUCCCAGAAUGGAAAAACUGGAAAAAAAGGAAAAUCCCAAGAUGGAAAAUGUGGAAAAAAGGAGAAAUCACAAACUGGACAAUCUGGAAAAAAGAGGGAUCUCCCAAAUAAGAACUUCAGAAAAGAAGGAAAAGGGAAACCCCAAAAAAACUCUGGAGAAGAAGGAGAACAGAGGCCCCCGCAGGGCUGGGGGACCCCGGGAGAAGAAGGAGAGGGAGGGGAUGCCCCAAAAUGGAAUUUUGGAGGAAAAGAAGAAUUGGGAAUUCAGUGGGAUUGAGGAGAGGGACCCCCUGAGGGCUGUGGAGGAGGAAGAGGAGCAGGAGGAAGAAGAAAUGAGCUUUGAGCUCCCCCCGCUGCCCCCAGGUGGGGCCAGGGAGGGAAUUGCAGGAAUUGGGGACCAGGAGGAUCCCCCAAAUCCAGAGGGGUCCCAAAUCACCCCCCAGCCCGGUGUGCCCUGCCUGGCCUCGGUGCGGUCCCUGCUGCAGGCAGCGCUGCUCUGGCUGUCCCCCUGCCCCCCAGGCUCCCUCUACGGCCGCCUGUGCCAGCUGCUGGCGCUGGCCCUGGGGGACAGUGACCCGCUGGCCACCGCGGGGCUGCUGGCCGAGUCCCUGGGCGUCACCGCGCGCCACCAGCUGCUGGCCAUCGUGCACGCCCGGACACGGAAGAAGAGGAAACCAGCAGCAGCAGCAGCCGGAGGGGACAUCGGGGGUGACAUCGGGGGGGACAUCUCGGAUCAGCUGCGGGGCCUCUCCCUGCGGGAUGGGGACAGGAGAGACCCUUCCCAGGAUUCCCAGAAUUCCCAGGAUGAUUCCCAGGAUGAUUCCCAGGACUCCCAGUCCCACCUGGCCCAGCUCCAGCAGCUGUUCCAGUUCAGCUCCUCGGGGCUGGGGCCGGCGCAGCGCGAGCGAUUCCGGGAGCAGCUCCAGAGGAUUCCCAGCGGUGUGACGGUGUGCCAGCUGUCCCUGGUGGGUGCCAGCCCCGCUGCCCCCGGGGACGUGCUGCUGCUGACGCGGCUGGAGCGCGGCGCGGAGCCGCUGAGCGUGCGCAUCGACAGCGGGCAUGGGCAGGCCCCCCUGAGCAGGAUUCUCCAGGAGUUCGAGCAGAUCCAGCGGGAGCAGCGCGAGGCCAACGCCUGCACCGAGCGCCGCGAGUGGUGGGAGCGCAGAUCCCGCCUGGACCGGCGCAUGCAGAGCCUGAUCCAGAGCCUGGACUCAGAGGUUUUGGGGUGCUGGAGGGGGCUGCUGCUGCCCCAGGAUCCCGGGAACUCCCCCCUGGAUGAGCAGGAAUUGUCCCAACUGCUGCAGGAGCUGCAGGAAUGUGGCUGGGAGAGCCCCAACCCUGCCCUGCUCCAGGUAUGGGCUGGGGCUGUGCUGGCCGCUCUCUCUCCGGCCGAUCUCCGCUCCCUGGCCGUGUCCCUGUGUCCGGCCCGGCCGCUGCGGGCGCAGCUGCUGCUGGCCGAGGCGCUGGAGCGGCGCCGGGAGCGGCCGGGGGGCAGCUCGGGGUCGGUGCUGCUGCUGCUGGACAGGCACCUGCAGCGCCUGCCCUGGGAGAGCUCCGGGACCCUGCGGAACGUUCCGGUGACGCGGCUGCCGGGGCUGCGCUUCCUGCUGAGCUACGGGCUGGCACGGCAGUGCCCGGGCUCGGUGCUGCGCCGCGGCGUGAACCCCAGGAACGCUUUCUAUGUGCUGAACCCCCAGCGGGACCUGGGCGGCACCGAGGAGCGAUUCCGGGCCUGGUUCGAGAGCGAGCCGGGCUGGCGGGGGGUGGCGGGCGCAGCCCCGACCCCGCAGCAGCUGCAGGAGGCGCUGGGGGAGCGCGACCUCUACAUCUACGCCGGUCACGGUGCCGGGGCGCGGCUCCUGGACGGGCUGGCCCCCGCCCGCCUGCGCUGCCGCGCCGUCUCGCUGCUCUUCGGCUGCUCCAGCGCCGCCCUCGCCCCCCGGGGGGGGCUGGAACCCACCGGGACCGUCCUCAAAUUCAUCCUGGCCGGCUGCCCCCUGGUGCUGGGGAACCUCUGGGAUGUCACAGACCGGGACCUGGACCGGCUGGCUCAGGCUCUGCUGCGGGGGUGGCUGGGGGGGGGCCCGGGGACCCCCCUGCUGGCCCAGCUGGCCCGGGCCCGUGAAGCCCCCAGACUCAAAUCGCUCAUCGGGGCCGCGCCCGUGGCCUACGGGCUCCCGGUCAGCCUGGGCUGAGGGUUUGGGGGUCCCUUUGGCAUCUUUGGGGUCCCCCCAUUGCCUGGGGUGAAUUUGGGAUGGGACCCCAGUUAUUUUUGGGGUCCCCCCAUUAUUUAUAGGGGAGAAUUGGGGGUCCCCCCAUUGCCUGGAGGGGUUUUGGGGUCCUCCCUUUGUUAUUUUGGGGUCCCCGCCAUUACCUCUGGUGAUGAUUUUGGGGUCCCCACGGGGAUUUUUGGGGUGUCUGAAGGGGGGGAGAGAGUUGGAACUGCCUUAAUUUUAAUGGAAUUUUUAAAUUAAAUUUUAAAGCAAUUCGGGUUUAUUUGCCUGUUUUGAAACAAUAAAGCUGCUGCCUCUG